AUGACCCGGCUGCUACUACCCGUUCUAGUCCUCCUCGCCGCCUUCGCAGGUACCCACGGCAUUGCGUCGUCGGGGUCCGCGUCGCUCCCAGACGGCGCCACGUGUUACCUCGACAGCGAGCGGCGGCCCGUCUAUCCCUUCUGCCGCGGCAACAAGCGCAACUGCGUGGUGACCCAGGUGCCGUCGGCGCCGCAAGCGAAAUACGUCGGCCGCUGCAACUCCACCUACACCAGGGGCUCCUUCUGUCGUUACUCCGGCACGCCAUACGCCGUGGGCACCAAGGGCGUGCAAGGCAACGCGCUCUGCAAGACGUGUGACUGCUCCUACAGAAGGAAGAUGCCGGGACCUAACCGGGCAGUCUGCUCCUGCUCCUCGCUGCCCGCCUGCUACGUUGACUACAACGGGCAGCCCGUGGGAAAGUUUCGCUGCCCGACAGAGCAAAACAUGUGCGUCAUCACCAAGAUAGGAGGAGGGGGCAAGGACAAGAAGGGUCUGCCAGUGGACAAGGGCGUGUGCGUCUUCUCUGGCAUCCAGGGCAUCUGUGGAGCAGCGGGGCCCAGCUGGGGACCCAAGUUCUACAUGGCAGGGAUAGAGGGCAUGCCCAAACCGGGGGACCGCUGCUCCCAGUGCACGUGUGGAGCUACAGGGGGACUUCUCAACUGCAAACGGUUGGCUAAUUGCAAGACGCCCCAGAGCUUUGGGAGUGCUGCAGAGCUGGCUAUCGUGCUGCAGAAUGUCUAG